AUUUGGUACCGCCUGCUUUUAAAAUAGCACCCUGCACAAUCUUCAUUAUAAAUGAAUGAACAAGGGGGUGGGUAGUUUAGAAAAGGGAAGAAAUGUGGAUCACACUGUAUAUUUCUCUAUGCCUGUCCUUUAACUGUAUUUCUGUAGCUUCAGUACUCACAUCAGACACAUGUCAGCUCCAGGGACGCUUUCAGUUGAACAGCAUGUACCAGGAUGGGGACGUAAUACUUGGAGGCCUGUUUAUGGUUCAUUUCUUUCCAGUUUUUCCAGAUCUGAGCUUCAGAACAGAACCAGAACCGUCUCGGGGAACACCAUACUGCGAACAGUUUGAUAUGGAAAGUUUCCAGCAGGCACAGACCAUGACUUUCGCAAUUGAUGAGAUCAAUAAGAAUCCAAACUUGCUGCCUAACAUCACUCUUGGUUACCAUCUUUAUGACAACUGUGUGAGACUUGGAAUGGCGUUCCGGGCUGCUAUAUCUCUAGUUAGUGGGACUGAAAAGUCUUUCUCUAACCUAAAUUGCACUGGCCCUCCUCCAGUAGUUGGUAUUGUUGGGGAUCCAAGUUCAACUCCUUCCAUCGCAAUUUCCAGCAUUCUGGGACUAUUUCGAGUACCUAUAGUUAGUUACUAUGCCACCUGCUCCUGUUUGAGUAACAGGAAAAAGUACCCCUCUUUCUUCAGAACAAUCCCUAGUGAUGCCUUCCAGGUCCGGGCUAUGGUUCAGAUCUUGAGACAUUUUGGAUGGACCUGGGUUGGUCUCAUCUACAGUGAUGAUGAUUAUGGUGUUUACGCAGCUCAGUCCUUCCAUCAGGAAAUGCAACUGUUUGAAAAUUGUAUUGCUUUUUCUGAAAUCUUACCCAAUGAUAACAACCCUAGAGAUAUUCAGCGUAUAAUGGGAGUGAUUCAUGCCUCUACUGCUAGAGUGGUGGUUGUUUUUUCCACUUCAUCCUUUUUUUUACCUUUAAUGGAUGAAGUGGUGUCACAGAACAUAACAGGCAGACAGUGGAUUGCUAGUGAAGCUUGGGCUACUGCACCUGUAUACCACACUCCACGUUAACUACCCUUCCUGGGAGGCACACUGGGCAUUGCCGUUAGACGUGGUGAGAUCUAGGGAUUUUAUGACUUUUUGCUACAUACUCGUCUCAGCAGUGAACCAAGAAAUAAUAUGUUGAGGAUCUUCUGGGAAAAUAUGUUUAGGUGUAGUUAUGAAACUGUGAAAGAGGGAGAGCAAGUGAGAAAGGUGUGUACAGGACAAGAAGAUCUGAGCACAACAAACACACCAUACACGGAUGUUUCUGGUUUGAGAGCACCCUACAAUGUCUAUAAGGCUGUUUAUGCACUGGCACAUGCACUUCAUGACCUGAUGCAGUGUAAGGAGGGGAGAGGGCCAUUCAGUGGGAACAGUUGUGCUGAUAUAACCAACCUGAAACCCUGGCAGCUGGUUCACUACCUACAGAAAGUGAACUUCACCACAGGAUUUGGGGAUCACGUGUCAUUUGAUAAGAAUGGAGAUGCUCUGCCCAUCUAUGAUGUAUUGAACUGGCAGCCGAGCUCUGAUGGGUCAAUAAGGAUCUACACAGUUGGUGUGGUGAAUGAAGGAGCGAAAACAGGGAUGAUGCUCAGACUGGAUGAGGAUGCAAUAUACUGGAACUUUAAGACAAAAAAAGCCCCACGGUCUGUGUGUAGUGAGAGCUGCCCCCUAGGAACCAGACGAGCUACACGCAAGGGUCUUCCUGUCUGCUGCUUUGACUGCCUGCCAUGUGGAGAUGGAGAGAUUUCUAAUACUACAGAUGCUAUUGAGUGCACAGUGUGUCCAGGUGAGUUCUGGUCCAGUCCAGAUAAAGAUCACUGUGUCCCGAAAGAAGUAGAGUUUCUGUCUUUUGAGGAUCCACUGGGCAUCUUUCUGACCACUGCAUCUCUGCUUGGAACUUGCUUUUGUGGUCUUGUGAUAAUAGUCUUCACAUUUCACCGUAACACUCCUAUAGUACGAGCCAACAAUUCAGAGCUCAGCUUCCUGCUGCUGGUGUCACUUAAACUGUGUUUUCUGUGUGUUCUGCUGUUUAUUGGCCAGCCACAGUUAUGGACAUGUCAGUUAAGACAUGCUGUGUUUGGUAUAAGCUUUGUCCUGUGCAUCUCCAGCAUCCUGGUCAAGACUAUGGUAGUAAUAGCUGUGUUCAAGUCAUCUCGGCCAGAAGGUAAAGGAGCAAUGAAAUGGUUUGGAGCAGUUCAACAGAGAUGCACAGUUCUGGUCCUAACAGCACUUCAGGUUGUGAUAUGUGCAGUCUGGCUAUCAACUGCCUCUCCAACACCACAUAAAAACAACCAGUAUACUCGCUCUAAAAUAGUAUAUGAAUGUGCUAUAAGAUCAGUGGCUGGUUUUUCUAUGCUCCUCGGAUACAUUGGACUCUUGGCAGCAGUAAGCUUCCUGUUAGCCUUUCUUGCAAGAAAUCUUCCAGAUAAUUUUAAUGAAGCAAAGUUCAUCACUUUUAGUAUGAUAAUCUUCUGUGCUGUGUGGAUUGCGUUUGUUCCAGCAUAUGUGAGUUCUCCAGGGAAAUAUGCAGUGGCUGUGGAGAUAUUUGCCAUCCUAGCUUCUAGUUUUGGAUUACUGGUGGCCAUAUUUGCCCCAAAGUGCUACAUCAUCCUUUUACAUCCAGAGAGAAAUACUAAAAAUGCCAUCAUGGGAAGAGAAACAAAAUAA